GUCAUUCUGUCAUGUCGUCGUCGUGGAAUAUAGGUUAUGUGCGUUUUAUUUUUGUAAAUAAUUGAUAAACAUAGAUGUAAAAAAAGUUAUAAAAGUAAAUAUAUAAAUCCCCAACAAUAAUAAUAAAUAAUAUGUGGUCGUUUUUUUCGCGAGACCCUUCCAAAGACUUUAAUUACGAAAUAGGCGAAGUCGUUCAAGUAUAUGACAACAAAAGCGUUUGGUCUCUGCACAAAGGAAAGAAAAAGGGUAUUAACGAAGAAGUUUCGAUUUUUGUGUACGACCUCAAGAGUGGUUCGGAAUCGCAACUGGAAAUCGCAAAAGCAGCCAUUAAACGGCUGAAGACACUUCGUCAUCCUAGCAUACUCACAUAUCUUGAUAGUUUAGAAUCAGAAAAAGUUCUCUAUUUAGUCACGGAACAUGUAGAGCCGUUAGUUAGUCAUUUAGAGAAACUCCCACUAGAAGAGCCGCAGAAGGAUUUGUAUGUUGCUUGGGGAAUAUUUCAAAUUACUAGAGCAUUAUCAUUUCUAAAUAACGACGGAAGUUUGAGGCAUAACAAUGUCAAUAUUUGGGCAGUAUUCGUAAACAAUUCGGGCGAAUGGAAACUCGGAGGUGUCGAAUACGUUUCCAGCGCACAAGAAAUGAACGUGUCAAUUUACAAAGCAACUCCUGCAUUAGAAGUCUACGAUCCUCCAGAGAAAAAUGACCCGAGCAAACAACGUUCGAUCACCAAACAUUCUUCGGAUAUGUGGGGCCUUGGCUGUCUUAUAUGGGAAUGUUUCCAUGGGCCUCUUUAUCAACAAGCUUCUUUGAGAAAUUCAGACAAAGUUGCCAGACAAUUGACGAAUUUAUAUUCUGAACUGGUAGGAACUAAUCCCCAAUCUAGACCUAAUCCUGCUGAUAUUAUAACUAGAUGUAGAAAAUUGGGUGGAUAUUUCAAAAACGAUCUAGUGGAUACUUUGUUGUUUUUGGAAGAAAUUCAAAUUAAAGAUAAAAAUGAAAAAAAUCGAUUCUUUUCCAAUUUGACACCUCACUUAGACAACUUCCCUGAUAAUGUUUGUAAGCAUAAAAUAUUGCCACAAUUAAUCACUGCUUUCGAAUAUGGCGAUGCUGGCUCAGCAGUUUUAGCACCAAUGUUUAAGCUUGGGAGGCUUUUGGAUGAAACAGAAUACCAAAAAAAAAUUGUUCCUUGUGUAGUAAAAUUAUUUGGGAGCAAUGACAGAGCCACUAGGUCACGUUUGUUACAACAAUUGGAGCAUUUUAUCGGUCAUUUGCAAGCUAGCACUGUAAACGAUCAGAUUUUUCCCCAAAUUGCUCAUGGAUUUAUGGAUACUAAUCCGACAAUUCGAGAACAGACUGUUAAAUCUGUGAUACACCUAGCUCCUAAGUUAAGUUACAACAACUUGAACGUUGAAGUGCUAAGACAUUUUGCUAGGCUUCAAGCCAAAGACGAUCAAGGUGGAAUUAGGACCAACACGACUGUGUGCUUAGGAAAAAUCGCUCAUCAUUUACAUCCUCAAAUUAGGCAGAAGGUUUUGAUUUCAGCUUUUAUUAGGGCUAUGAGAGAUCCCUUUCCUCCAGCAAGAAAUGCAGGUGUUCUAGCUUUAGCAGCAACACAACAAUAUUAUUUAUUGUCGGAAGUGUCUCAAAGGAUAUUGCCAGCUCUUUGCCAUUUGGCAUUGGAUCCAGAAAAAUCUGUUAGGGAUUCAGUGUUUAGGACUAUCAAAGGGUUUUUAGGAAAAUUAGAAAAGGUUUCGGAAGAUCCUAGUUUGAGGGAAAGCAUGGAAGCCGAUGUUAAUACCGCAACUCCAAGCCUCAGCAAUGCUGCAGCAACAUGGGCAGGUUGGGCGGUAACCGCCGUUACUGCCAAAUUUUACAGGAGCCAAUCCGAUACUGUGAAAUCCAUGAAUACUUUUGCUAAUAAAAUGUUGAACAAGCCUGGUUCUUUAGAACAACCUUCUAGCAGCAGUAUUUCGACAACAACUUCUAGCGUAACAUCAAUGACGUCGCUUGAACACGAGGAAGGCAGCAGAGGAAAUGAAUCCGUGUCAGACUAUGAUUAUGAUCAUUGGGGAGAUAAUGAGAAUUGGGGUGACAUGGAGACUGGUGGUCAAAUGGCAAGUAGCAGCGGCAGUGGAGGAAUUACAGGUACUCAAAGUGACCCAACAAGCCCACCCUCGGUUUCAGCAGGAGCCAAAGUUAUCGACGGUUGGGACAAUGAAGAAUGGGGCAGUCUAGAGGAAGAACCCGAUGUCGAAGCAGAAUUGACAUCUCCAUCUGAUGCUUGGAGUCCUACCGAUACAACACCGAUUCUUCCAAUGAAAACUGAAAACGGCAAAAUGAGCAACCGUAAACCGCAAACCGGUUGGGAUGAUACUGAAUUUGAGCCAAUUGAUGAAAAUUCAAGUAUUGGUAACCAAAAACUAGAAGAAGCUAGGAAAAAGCGUGAAGAAAAAAAAUGUAUGCGUCAAAAAGAAUUAGAAGCUAGAAGAGCCAUUAGGACCACCACGAGCGGUCCCAUGAAAUUAGGAGCUAAAAAAAUAUAAAACAUUUUUGCCUUUUUAAAUAAAUCAUGAAAAAUACUGUUGCUUAAAUGACAUUAUAUUUUUAAUCUAAAAAUGAAGUGAGAAACACACCGGGCUUAUAGGGUAUUGAAGUAAGGCCUAACUGAAAAAAAACUACAAUUUUACGUUGAGAGAAACGCAAAUUUAUCAAUGUUACUUAUCAAUGUGGGUAUCGUCUGUCGUUUUUAUUCUGACACUUUCCGUAUGAGAAGAGGGGUUGAAGCUGAAGUAUAUGGCAAAAACAGGUGGCUAUUGGCGGUCUAAUGUAGGAUGCCACCAGCUCACAAUUUUUUUCGAGUAUCAGAUCAAAAUCGACGGACUUUACAUGUAUAAUUAAUAAACAAUAGCUGUUUUUAAUAACUUAUAUACUUGUAAAACAUUAAUGUCGGUUGCGGAUAUCUCAAUAACGGUGGGAUUUUUCAAAAUUUGUACUGAAAUUUGAUAAAAUGUAAGUGAAAUUAAUCAUGAAGGCUAUCGAGUUUUAUAUUUUGAUUAUAUUUCAACUUGAGCUUAAAAAGAAAAUAUAAUAAAGAAGCUAUUAAAUUUUUGAUUAGUUAAUUAAUUAACUAAAAAUUUUCUGAUUUAGUUAUUUACUUCACUUGAAAAAAAAAGUGAAUUACUUUAUGUAAAUAUUAAAUUUAUUUUAUAUGAAAUCUUUUUAUUACCAAAUACAUACAUAUAUGAAAUUAUUUUUGUUAUAUUCUUUUUAAAGUGUAUGCUUAAUUAAUUAUUAUUUUGUAUCAUUGUAUUUUACUAAUAAUCCUCUUUGUAUAUUAUAGUACUUAUGUAAGUCAAUACUGUAUACAUUUUAUAUUUCUCCUGAAUCUUUCAAUGGUUCUUUGUAAAUAAAAGUCUAAUA